CUCCAGUGGGCCCGGGACUGGCGGCCUCACCCCAAGCGAGGAGCCGGUCGGGCCGCCGCGGGGUUGGGUUUGGGAUUAACCCACGGAAGGGCCGAGCGGCGAGGGUGGCAGCGACCCGAGGCUCCGGAUUGCCCAAGGGUGGAGUUUGACGUUUGGUGUGGGGAAGCUUUGCCAAGCAGCCCCGGCUUCCGCGGGUGGCGUUUGGGUGACAUUUCACCCAAAAGGGGAGGACCGGGAGACCGAGAGAUCCCUUUCCAACUCCAUGGAGGAACUUUAGUGACAGCAUUAGACGAGCUUGGGGGUAGGGGAGGAUAGCUGAAGGAGUGAACUUGGGAAGAAAUGGACAAACGAAUAGGCAAGCUGUGGAGUGAAGUUUGAUAGAGGUUAAAUGUAGAGAGCUUGCUUACAAGGUCAAGGCCCUUUCCUGGAGAUAGGGUUUGGAUGACUUAGGGAGCCGGUUAAAGACCUAGAACACAGGUAACCAGAGUUAGGACUUGGAAUCUGGUGAUAGGAAGUGACAGACAGCAAAGUUGGGGUGAUGGAAUCAGAGCACUCUGUACCCUGGGGUGCACAAGGGGAUGGAGGAAUUAGGACUGUGGGAGAGGUGUAGUAUGGGGAAAACCAAGAGCCUGUUGGAGUCUGGAGAACUCCUGGCCUGACAGGCAGCCCCUCACUGGUUCUUUGUGCCUCUCCAGCUCGGUAGCACAGCAGGCAAGGCAGGUGCCAUGGCCUUGAUUGAAGGGGUGGGUGAUGAGGUGACUGUCCUUUUUGCGGUGCUUGCCUGCCUCCUGGUGCUGGCCCUUGCUUGGGUCUCAACACACACCACUGAGACCACCACGGACCCCCUGCCCCAGACAUCAGGGACUCCAACAGCAGCCCAGCCCAGCGAAGCCAUGGCAGCCACUGACAGCAUCCGAGGGGAGGCUCCAGGGGCAGAGACUCCCAGCCUGAGACACAGAAGUUCAGCUGCACAGCCAGAGCCUGGCACAGGGGUUACAGCAACGCUGCCACCUCCGGACUCCCCACAGGAGCCCCUAGUGCUAAGGCUGAAAUUCCUCAAUGACUCAGAGCAGGUGGCCAGGGCCUGGCCCCACGACACCAUUGGCACCUUGAAAAGGACCCAGUUUCCCGGCCGGGAGCAGCAGGUGCGCCUCAUCUACCAAGGCCAGCUGUUAGGAGACGACAGCCAGACGCUGGGCAGCCUUCACCUCCCUCCCAACUGUGUUCUCCACUGCCACGUGUCCACCAGAGUCGGCCCCCCACAUCCCCCCUGCCCACCGGGGUCAGAACCAGGCCCCUCCGGGCUGGAAAUUGGCAGCCUACUGCUGCCCCUGCUGCUGCUGCUGCUGCUUCUACUCUGGUACUGCCAGAUCCAGUACCGACCCUUCUUUCCCCUGACCGCCACCCUGGGCCUGGCCAGCUUCACCCUGCUGCUCAGUCUCCUGGCCUUUGCCAUGUACCGCCCGUAGCGCCUCCACGGGCUCUUGGCAAUGCAACCUGCCCUCCUGGACCUCAUUCUCCAAGGCGAGGUGGGAGCUGCUGUCUGCCCCGGCCAGCCUCCCCAGCUUGCUUCUUCCCACUACCCUGGAGCCCAGCCCUGCGUCGCAGAGGACUCCGGGGGCUGGGGGAGGCUCCUCCCUGCGAUCUUCACGGCUCUGGGCCACCCCCGGGAGCUGCUGGCACUCAGCCCUCACUCACAGUGGGCUCCUCCACAUCGGGCACCUGCUGUCGCUGCCUUGGCCCUGGGCAGAGCCAGGCCACCCCCCUGGGCCCGCCUUAGUGUCCUGCCGGAGGACCUAGCCACCUCUGGUCCCUGAGAGGCUGAUUUCGGGACCCAGAUCGGGAGGCUGGUGAAAGGGAGCUGGGAGGGACAGAGGUGUUGUCUGGAACAUGUGCAGAUUAAAGUAACUGUGAAGUUUUCA